AUGGUGCCUAUCACAGCGACGGAACCAGCCCUCGUUUGGGACUACAAGACUCUCAGCGAGUUCCGCCACGUCUUAAAGCAAGAAGACCCAGUUAUCCUGUCGGUCGAUUUCGAGAAUAUCGACCACCUCUCCGGGCCCGGCAUCACUCAGUAUCAGAAGAUGUCGGAGCUCGGGGUGGCGGUUUACGACACCAGAAAUCGACCAUCAACAAGCGGCCGCCCCAGUCCCACCGAUGGCAGCAACAGCCGCCUGGAAAGCCUUACCAAACUCAUCGUCUCGGAGCACAUCAUCACCGAAGAGUUCCGGGACAAAACAGAGGAGACUUGCGAGGCGCCCUACCAUCGCCACGCCCACUUGGACCCUGGCCGUGCUCACCACGCAAGGCCAUACCACUGUCGCUUUGUCGACUCGACUUUCCUCACGAAAGCCGAGACCAUGGGACGCCUUGCUGAAAUCGUCAAGGGCCUUUCAACCCAAAAUUUGACGGACCAGGAGAAGGCCGCGGGUAUAACCCGCAACAUCAAGGUCAUUGUGUGGGACUCACAUUGCGAGGAGUCCACAUUCUACCAUGGUGGCCUUGAUCUGGCAGCUCUGUGCCCCAGUAUCGAGUUGUGGGAUAUCCAAAUCUGGUAUCCCUUCCGUGCUCGGUUCCACGACAACCCAAACACAAGGAACGCAAAGACCAAGGGUGAAAAGGCCUUCAGCUCCUUGGGCGCUUUGGGUGAGGGGCUUCCGUUGCACAAUGGGUGUAAUGACACUGUCGUCCAGUUGAUUGCCUUCUUGCGAUUCAUGCUGAUGACCGAAGCCGAAUGGGUUACUUGGUUCGACGAUAAGGCAGACCUUCCCCCUAUCACAUUCGAGUGGGUUGAUCCGGCCAUCUACCAGAGGAACUUGGCAAUGGCGCCUACUCAGAAGCCAAAGGCAAAGGGCAGAGGGAAGGGCAAGACAUACCAAAGACGUGGACGAAACAACUGGGAGCAUCAAAGGCAAGACCAAACCACCUCUUGGCAGCCGGCCCAGGCCGAGUGUGAUACUUCUUCCAACUCGACGUCCAGACUCCUUGUGAAUAACAUGGCGAAGUUGGACCUCGAACCACCGGCAUCAACACCAAGCGACAGCUCCGGCACUGGGUGGUCGGAGGGCAUGGAGGGAUUCGACGACUGGAGCCAGAGUUCCAAGGACAGCUCGGGUGACAACACGGGCAGUGGUUGGCCAGAUGAGAUGGACAGCCUAGGUCAGGACAAUGACUGUGAGGAUGGAAUGGACAACGCUGAGGAUAACAAUUUAGAACGUGGUUGGCCGAACAGGGAAGACACUGGAGAAGAGCACGAGCACUCCGAUGUCACCGUCAAGGCCCUCAAUUCGAACCACAACGACUGGUCCCACAGGGCUCCGAGAAGGAACAAAAGAGGACGCAGAAAAAAGUUUGUGGAGGACGUCGAAUGGGCUUUGUAA